UAGUAAUAACACAGAUAAUCGUUAUACCAUUUAUGAAAUUUAUCAUAUGGUCUUAAUUUAAUCUAGAAAAACGACGAUAUUUAUCUAUUUUUAUCAUAUAUCUAUGUAUAUGAGUAAUAAGUAGAACAAAGAGAAAUUAUUUCAAAAGAAAAAACUCACCGAGCUAUCAAGACUCGAUCAACGACGUAAAAUUCAUCCGAUUAACGCCAGAGUUGAGGUCAAAACUCAUAUAACCUUCUUCUUCUUUUUCCUGGUCCCAAAAUCCCGAUUCAGUUUCACCAUAAUCCCAAUUUUCUCCAGAGUUUUGGGGUUUGAUUUUGUUUCUCUGUUUAGGGUUUUGGUGAUUCUGUAAUGGGUGGUACUGGAAGACACGGAUUGCACUUCUUCCACCAACGCUCCGCCUCCGCCAAUGCCUCGACUAUGCCGGAGCACCACCGCGUCGGCGACGAAACUCCGCCGGAAUUUCUAUGCCCCAUCACCGGGUUCUUGAUGUCGGAUCCAGUUGUCGUCGCCUCCGGUCAAACCUUCGAGCGUAUCUCCGUUCAGGUCAGUCGGAACCUCGGGUUCGUACCGCAACUCCUCGACGGGACCCUGCCCGAUUUCUCCAAUGUUAUACCCAACCUCGCCAUGAAAUCCACCAUACUCAAAUGGUGCGACAAGACACAGAAGGAGCACCCACGCCCACCGGAUUACGCGUACGUGGAAGGCGUGAUUCGUGCUCGGAUGGAUUCCGGUUCGGGUGCUCGGGUCUCGCAGCCGGAGAUUUUGCCGCCAGUGGCUGAGAACACGCCGUCGGAUUAUGAUGCUGUGAUGGAGGCGAUCCGAGCUCGGUCCAGGAAUUCCAUGUCGUCGAGCACUUCCCUUGGGUCGGUGACCGUUGGUCACCCGUCCCGACCGGUGAGUCAUUCCAUGUAUUCUACUUCUUCGUCGUCCGAUGUGUUUCCCAGAGCUGAGAGUCCAUUCCGAAACCCUAGUUCCUUCUCUUCCUCUGAUCACUCAUAUUCGGCGCCGAUGUCGCCAGAAGAAGAAGAGAUCUGCAACAAACUGAGAAGCACUGACAUAUUUGACCACGAACAAGGACUGAUUCUGCUCAGGAAGAUGACGAGGUCCGGCGACGACGCUAGGGUUUCGCUCUGCACAGACAGGAUCCUCUCCUUCCUCCGGUCGCUGAUCGUUUCCCGGUACAACCUCGUGCAGACGAACGCCGCCGCGUCGCUGGUCAACCUCUCCCUGGAGAAGCCGAACAAGGUGAAAAUCGUGCGGUCAGGUUUCGUCCCUCUCCUCAUCGAUGUCCUGAAAUCAGGUACACCGGAGGCGCAAGAGCACGCCGCCGGUGCAUUGUUCAGCUUGGCGUUGGAGGACGAGAACAAGAUGGUGAUCGGAGUUCUCGGCGCGGUGGAGCCUCUCCUCCACGCGCUCCGAUCUGCAGAGAGUGACCGUGCCCGCCAAGACUCGGCGCUCGCGCUCUACCACCUCUCGCUGAUCCCGAGCAACCGAACAAGGCUAGUCCGGUUAAGCGCCGUGGCGACGCUACUCUCCAUGGUCAGAUCCGGCGAGUCGGCGAGCCGGAUACUCCUCGUGCUCUGCAACCUCGCCGGUUGUCCUGAUGGGAAAGGCGCGAUGUUGGACGGGAACGCCGUCGCGAUCCUCACUGGAAAACUCCAGGAAGGAGGCGCGUGGGAGACGGAUCCAGUGGCGCGUGAGAACUGUAUAGCGGUUCUGCUGACGCUGAGCCAGGGGAAUCUGAGGUUCAGGGGGCUGGCGAAGGAGGCGGGUUUGGAGGAGGUGUUGAGUAAGAUGGAGUUGAGAGGGAGUGGAAAGCUGAAGGAGAGGGCGGCGAAGAUCCUGGAGACGAUGAAAGGCGGAGGAGAAGGAGACUUCGGCGGGGGAGCACAGGCGCGUGAGUGGAACCGCAUGCUCGAAGCGAGUGGACUCAGUCGAAGUCAGUUCCAGGCGCAAACCUCUCAGUUUUAAGUUCAACUCUGAUUUUUUUUUCUUUUUUGUGUUUUUACUCGUGCUUUUUUUCCCACUUUUUUUUUUUGUAAAAAAAAGUUGUAAUUACGCAUCGGGAGUGAAUUUGUAAUAUCUGAAAAUUUCAAUUAUUUGUAAACAACGAU